AUGGUCAAGACUUCCGUGCUCAACGAUGCCCUCAACGCCAUAAACAACGCUGAAAAGUCUGGAAAGCGUCAAGUCUUGAUCAGACCCAGCUCUAAAGUCAUUGUCAAAUUCCUCUCUGUGAUGCAAAAGCACGGAUAUAUCGGAGAGUUCGAAGAGGUAGACGACCACCGAUCCGGAAAAAUAGUUAUUCAACUGAACGGACGGCUUAACAAGACUGGUGUAAUUUCUCCCAGAUACAAUGUGCGUCUUGGAGACCUAGAGAAAUGGGUUGUUAAGCUUUUGCCAUCCCGUCAAUUUGGAUACAUGGUCCUUACAACCUCUGCCGGCAUUAUGGACCACGAGGAGGCACGAAGAAAACACGUAGCUGGAAAGAUAAUUGGAUUUUUCUACUAG